AAUUUAUUCAGGAUGCCGGAGCCAAACCAAAUAUCAAUUCACUUUGGUGUCAGAUUCAGAGGAUUACAACAAUUUUAGACACAAAGAUUAAGUAUUAAAAUCGUCGGACUCGGGGAUUGUGUUACCAAAAGCAACGCGACCCGAUUCUGGUUCCUUUGCCCAGGAGGGUUAGGUUAACGCGUUAGUACGAGGGAAUUGAGGAAUUUUUCAAUUUUUAGUUGUUGAUUGGGAUCCGUGUAAGAUGUCACGGUCACCAGUGAGCGAUAGACCCUUGGAGAGUGGGAGGGAGAACGGGUGUUGUCGGCAAACUAACAAUAAGACGAAGAGCCUGCAGCUCCUCCAUCAUAUGACUGAUUCACAGAAGCCGCUGGUAGCGAGAUGUGAAUCUGAAGGAGUGGAAAUCACAGCGGUAAGGAUGCCAGGUAAACGAGAACAUAUCGUAAACUUCGUCUCACGGUCACGUAAGGGCACGGGAGAGGAUGAAGUCCGUGUGUCGGGAGGAGCAGGUUAUCGACAUCGCAAUCGUCGAUGUCCACCAAACUGCAUGAAGAGCAUCCUUUGUUUCGCCGUCCUCAUCCUCUUCAUCAUCACUUUCGUAUUAGUCGCGCUCCUUGUACGGGGCACAUGUGAUCACCUUUUCAACGCGUCCUCGAACACGAGUGUUGUAGAGACCGUAAUCACACCUAGAACAGAACAGGCGACUGAUGCCAAGCCCUCAUCCUCACCAUUAGUGUGGGAAAACUUCCGAUUGCCUACCAACCUGAAGCCGUCCCAUUACGAACUUAGCUUAAGAACUGACAUUCACCGUGGCAUCUUCGCUGGUAACAUCACCGUUCACUUCACAUGCCUCAAAGAGACAGAUGUCAUCCUACUGCACACAAAAGAUCUGAACUACUCUGUCGAAUCAUUCCGAUUUCUCAAAGAAGGGGGAAACGAAGAAGUCAAUUCAAACGGACCGCCUACUUUCUAUGAAAAGAAUGACUAUCUCGUCCUUCGGACUGUCUCCCCCUUGGAUCAGGGAACGAGGUAUUCACUUAGUAUGCAGUAUGUGGCCGUAUUCAAUGCCAACCUUCUAGGUCUCUACCAAGGCAAGUACGUCACAUCUCAAGGAGUCACAGAACACUAUGUCGCAUCUUUCUUGUCGCCUAUCAACGCUCGACGCGUCUAUCCGUGCUUCGACGAACCCGCCUUUAAAGCAAACUUCUCAAUCAGUAUCAUCCACCCCGUCGGUUACAGCGCCUUCUCUAACAUGGACGUCAUUAAUCGACAGACAAAUCCGACGACCACGGGUGAUGGUGAGGCUUGGGAAACGACUUCGUUCAGGACCACGCCAGUGAUGUCGACUUACCUAGUUGCUUUCCUUGUGUGCAAAUUCCAAAGCAAAGUGCAAAUUGUCAGGGAAGGAGUUGAGUUUCGAGUUUUGGCAAGAGACGAUGUAAUUGACCAGGCAAACUUCGCGCUCGAUAUUGGGGUCAGGCUUUUCAACUUUCUGGAAGAUUACAGUGGUUUUGAUUACCCAUUGCCCAAAUUAGACAUGGUAGCCUUGCCCCAGCUUGUAGUAGCUGGUAUGGAGAAUUGGGGGCUGGUGACAUACCGAGAAUCAUACAUGCUUUACGAUGAACGAGAGACACCGACAGAAACACUUCAAGAGAUAGCUUUUGUAAUCGCUCACGAACUUGGCCAUCAGUGGUAUAGUAACUUGGUUACUCAGGUUUAUUGGGAUGAGCUUUGGCUGAAGGAAUGCUUUGCGACAGUCAUGGGAAAGAUCGCUCUUGAAGAACUAUUUCCAGAGUGGGCAAUGUGGGAUGAGCAAUUUGUGGUGAAGGAUUUGCAGAUGGUAAUGAAACUGGAUUCCUUGGUGACGUCACAUCCUAUCCAGCAACCUGUUACUAAAGUGGGUGACAUCAUGGACAACUUUGACAUGAUCAGCUAUCAGAAAAGUCCGGCCAUUCUUCGAAUGCUUCAACACAGCAUAAGAUAUGAAACCUUUAAGGAGGGUCUUGAGAUUUGUAUCGAAACCACUUACCAGUCAAGACAAUUAAGGAUGAGUUAG